AGUGUUCCGCAGCAGUCUACACCUUUAAAGCCCGCAGAGUGCAGCGAGUUCAUGUGUCCGUAAAGGCGCACGAUAUGACCGACCGCUGCUGCCGACUGCCCGUUUGCCGCGUAGACUACAGUAGGACAGAGUACCUACAGUAACCUGGCGGGUCCAAAAAUGUCUGUGUCUUUAAAAAGAACUAUUUGCCGAGUGCUGCAUGAUGUCAGGCUGAAUGCAGUCCGUAUACUGUUCAUGUGAGCUGCGUUUACUUCCUGCAAAGGGACAGAAGCGGGCAGAGAAAGAGAGAGUGGGAUAGAGAUGGGGAACGAGCGGCCGGAGAUAAAGUGAAAGAGUGAGCCAGCGGACGAAAGGAAACCGGGGCCUGCUUCUUCUUCUUCUUCUUCUUCUUCUUUUUAAAAAACAAAACAAAAAACAAACGCCUCCCAAACUUUAUAGGCUAUAAGAAGAAAAAGCCUUCCACAUCUGGGCCAGCUGAUUUUAUGGAAUAGCGACGCAUCGGAUGCCUCUCCCGGCGGCAGAGUCUGCAGUGAAUAUCUGAAGCCCCAUCUUCCUUCCACUCUGUGGCCAUCAUGUCCCAGCUGCUCCAUGUGGAGAUCCCAAACUUUGGAGCUACGGUUCUGGGUUCCCUUAAUGAGCAGCGCUUGCUGGGACACUACUGUGAUGUAUCCAUACUGGUUAAAGGCCAGGCUUUCAAAGCCCACCGGGCUGUUUUGGCCGCCAGCAGCCUCUACUUUCGUGACCUCUUCAGCAGCUCCACCAAGACCCAGUUUGAGUUGCCUUCCUCAGUCACACCUGCUUGCUUUGAGCAGAUCCUCACUUUCUGCUACACAGGGAAGCUAACAAUGGCAGCUAGUGAACAGCUGGUGGUCAUGUACACAGCUGGCUACCUCCAAAUUCAGCAUAUAGUUGAAAAAGGCAUGGACCUAAUGUUUAAGGCAAACUCACCUCACUGUGACUCGCAGACAAUGGGGUCCUUAGAAGAAACGGUAUCUGAGCCACAGAGUCCUUGUAAUAAUGGCAACGGCCUGGCAGUGGCUGCCCUUCUAGGGACCCCGGGAUGGUCUUCAUCUCUGCUCAUACCGCAGCGUAAGAUUAAAAUUGAAGGAGGUGAGCCCUUGCCCCUGACUGUACCUUCAACGCCAAGUAAGACUUCGCCUUCAGAGCUUGGGAGUAGACUGGGGAGGGCCGGGCCGCUGUUCUACACAACAGCUGGAGGGACCCCUAUCCCUGGUAUGCCUACUUUCACCCUCCAGGGGACUAGUGGCAGUGGAGCUGGAGGAGGAGGAGCAGCCGGCGGUGACAGGUCCAGCCCCGGAGCUUCCAGUCUGCCCACAACCGACAGUCCCACGUCCUACCAGAACGAGGAUGAGGAGUUUGAGGAGGAGCCCUACGAUGGGAUCACCGAGGAGACCUACAGUCAUCUUUAUGGACGUUCAGCCAAUCCCUACGGGAUCCAAGACAAGCCGGAGAUGGCGUCGAUGCCCUUGUCCUUGGAGAACCGCAACUGCGUGCUGAUCCGCAGGGACCUUGUGGCGCUGCCUGCAAGCCUCAUAAGCCAGAUAGGCUACCGCUGCCAUCCUAAGCUCUAUACUGAGGGGGACCCUGGAGAGAAGCUGGAGCUGGUGGCGGGUACACAAGUGUUCAUGACUCGAGGCCAGCUGAUGAAUUGUCAUCUGUGUGCCGGCAUCAAACACAAAGUCUUGCUCCGCCGUCUCUUAGCCACAUUCUUUGACAGAAACACUUUAGCCAAUAGCUGUGGGACGGGCAUUCGCUCUUCUACUAGUGAUCCCAGCAGGAAACCCCUGGACAGCAGGGUCCUCAACGCUGUCAAACUCUACUGUCAAAAUUUCAACCCUAACUUCAAGGAGAGUGAAAUGAAUGUGAUUGCUGCUGACAUGUGCACAAACGCGAGGCGGGUCCGCAAGCGAUGGUUGCCCAAGAUUAAGUCCAUGCUGCCCGAUGGCAUGGAUGUGUACCGUGCAGGAAUGGGCAUGAGCGCUGCUAUAGGUCUGGGUCUGACGCUGGGUGCCCCUCAGUCAGGGUUACCCCUCACUUUUGAGGCCGACUUCAAGACCUUAGAGCAAAGGUUGUAUCCUGAUCGUAAGGACCCUCUCAGGACUCACCCACCCCUGACAGAAGGCAGCCCCGGGUCUGGGGCGGCUGGAGCAGAAGCUGAAGAUGAAGGCGAAGGAGCAGUCCAAGAGGAACAGGAGGAAGAUGAGGAUGAAGCUAGGUUAGAGGGUGUAGACAGAUCACUGGGGGCGAUCCCAGGAGCCGAGGCAGGCAACUGUGGCGACACGCCGGCUGAGCAGGAAGCAGAAAACUUUGGACAAGCUCGUCCGCCACUCUUCCUCCUCCUCUGUGCUUCCUCGACGGGAAUUUUGCUCAGCACAAGAAGCCGCACUCACUGAUCUUACUAUACAGGAAUCUGUCGCACAUGCAUGCGCACACGUGUGCUUGCGUGCUCCCAUAAUUGCCGCUAGUGGAAGCAGAACACUGUUCUUAGAAGUAGACACAGGCAUGGCAUUAGCACUUUGAGAAAGUCGACUCUUUCUGCUCCGCCCGUUUCUUGGUACACUCAGUAUGUACUCAGUGUUUUGGCAUCCGCAGCAUUAUUACAAAGGCCUGGUAGCAGAACAAAUGGCUGUAAUGAUUCAUCAUUCAAGUGCAAUACAAAAGCAACAGCUGCUUUGCCGGUGUGGUACACUGAUUUGUAAAAUGAUUCCAUUUUCUUGGAAAGCUGCAUCAGAAACUAACCCGUGUAACCUUGGGGAAAACAGAUCUGGAAAGAGCAAUGUUGACCGCUUUAUGUUACUUUACUGUAUUUUGAACGUGUAUGAAUGUAUAGCAACAACAGUUUUGCAAUUUAAGGCCAUGUACUGUGGUAGCUCCAUUAAACAAAACGGUUUUCUCCCUAUUAAAUAGGCCCAUCAUUUAUAUGAUCACAUUUUUUUUAAUCAGUCAUGUCUAUAGUCCACAGUCUAAAAACAACUCUAUCACACGGAGUUGUUUAUUCACGCAUAUUUGCCCAUGACAUGUUGAAUUAGGUUGUCAAUGUGAUGCCUGUGUCUGCUCCAGACCACUCCUCCCCAACCACACAUGCAUACAGAUAAGACAUAUUUCCUAACCCGUGGAUAAUAGCCUUGAAUAUCUGCGCCAAUGUAUUCAGAAUACAUGGUCUAAAAAAAACAGUGCUUUUUAACUUUGGGUAAAAAUCAUUCUCUUGUGGAGAUACAGAGAGAGACUUGAACAUGAACAUGCACUAAAAAAAAAAGAGAGAGAGAAAGAAAAAAUCCGAGCUUGCAUGCAUUCAUACAAACAGUGGAUACAAAGAAUUCUCGGAAAAAAAACACCAACAAAGCCACAAACCUGCAUUGAAAUAAGAUAACAGCUGCCGUUGCCUCGAGAUACGCUGUUAAUGCUCAAAGAGGACUCUCUCCGUUUCCCGCUGGACCUGACCGCAGUCUGACGCAUGUUAGAACUGAUCGGGCUGUGACCCAGGAUUUACACAGUAACAGUUGGAAUUUCUUGUUGUUGUUGUUUUAUUUGUUUUUUGUUUGGUUUUUUUUUUUAAACUAAAGAGUGUGCUGUGCCCAUGAGCAGAGGAGACUGGAUAUAUGGAGUAGUAAAGAAGUGCACUACACUGGGCGGUAGAAGAACGAAUGUUAGAGAGAAGCACUGUUCCACCUCGAUGAUGUAGUGGUGGUGGUGUGAUAUGCACCGAUACUACGCAGUCCUGCUUCCUACCUGGCUGUUUGUUUGUUUGUUUGUUUGUUUGUUUGUUUUAUUGUUUGUUCUUUUUUUCUUUGGGUGGGUGGGUAAAUUAUUGAAUCAAACUUAUACGAGCAAUUUAUGCUGGCUUAUUGCAUUUGCACUCAAGAGAAGGUAAAGAGGCGAGACGCUGAGGGAGGUAACGUGGACCUUUUUAAUUGAGAGGCUGUAAGGACAACACCUGAAACGAGUCUCUCUGACAAUGACUGUUUCUACGUUUUGGAAGGGGGGUGGGGGGAGCAAAGCAAUGUCCAACAGGGACUUUAAACCUGCAUUCGUCAUACCUGAUUUCUUCUUUUGAUAUCUGUUUUUUGCCACACAGCCUUUCUUCGUUGUGCCAUGCAUAGAUCUUCCCUAUAUCUUUUUUUUCCCCUAUCAGCGAACGAAAGCACAGAAAAGACCGUUCAUUUAAGUAAAAGAGAAGCCACCAACAUUUUGGGGAAAGUGGGUUUCUGCUACAGGAUGUGAUAGGUUAAGUUAAGAACUGACAGGCUUAGUACUAAUGCUAUUCUCAAAAUAUAUGCUGUGCCACUUCAUGAGCGGGGCCAGACUAGUCUCUGUUUCUGCUCUUGUUUCAGGGUCUGUUAGGGGAAGUUUUAAGAUGGCCCUGCACAAGAAACACAGGGUUAUAAUUGCACUAGGUAGUAACAAAAAGGUUUAUAGCGCGUUUAUUUUCUUUGGGAAUAAGUGCGAUCUGCCGUAGAUAAAACAAGACUGUGACACGAUGGCUGGGAUGAUGGAUGAAUGUAAUCUGUAGCACUGUUGUGGUGAGGGUCCAAGCUUUGAUUUGAGUAUAGUAAAUUCUUCAAAAUAUGCCAUAAUAUAAAAUUAAUACCGACUGUGAGGCUGGGUGGUGUUUAAACCUAAAGCUUUAUUGAUAUAGUGAUUUUUUUUUUUUUCCUUUUUUCAAACUGCGAACAGGUCUUCCAGUGUAGUGAACAUCGUUAUGUGCAAAACUGAGCAAGGUUCACAUGCAGUGCAGGCUUUUUUCCCUCUGUUUGAUGGUUUUUUUUUAACACAGAUUUUGUAAAUUGUACCUUCAUAUCAUAUGUUUAUUAUUCUUACAGGUUUUUCUCGCAGUAAAAAAAGAAAACAAUAUUCAGUUGUCUAUUUGAGCCACUUAAAUGUCUGAUCACUUCUGGUUAUGCCAGUCAGAGUAACAGACUUGAGAAAUGAAUAUGUGUAGCCUUUAUUUUGGAAAAUAUAGAAAGUAGCUGUUAUAGCUUCAGAAAAAAAGAGAGAGAGAGAAACCUUUCUACUCAGUUAGUAAACUGGGCAAUUAGUGUGAUAUUCUUUGUAUUUAAUAUUUCUCUCUGUGUGUUUUUGUGUAAAAUAAAUCUUUGAUUUUGAUCUUUUUGAAUAGGACUUUCGCAGAGAUACUAAAUACAUGGGGAAUAUGAAAUCAGCUGCAAUUAAAAUAAAGCAGUAAAUAAUAACGGGUGGGAAACAUGGAUAUGUUCCACUGUAGUAUUAAAGGGGUGUGGAGCAGUGCCUUAGACUGUGAAUGUGUGGGUGUGGAUGCAUGCCAUUACUUUGUGUUCAGAAGCAAACAGGACCAAGGAUCUACUAAAUAUAGCCAGAUAACACUUUUUUUUUGGCCAUUUUUGAGUUUAAAAUUAAAAACUAGUAAUCUUUUAUUUUAAUAAAUGAUAUUAAUAACAUAGUCAUUUAUUCACCUUACAUUCUUGCUUUAUGUUUUCCAUCAUGUUGGCUCACCAGCCCAGUAUUACAUAUUUACAGCACAGCUCUUAAGAAAUCUGGUUGAACACCCUUGGAAGAAAUUCAAAUGAAAUCUCAUUCGUAGUAUAGUCAAGUAUAGUCAAACCUGUUCAUCAGUUAAUCACAUUUAAGGUGUGGCGGGCUUUUGUUGUUGUUGUUUGGGGGGGGUUUUAUCUUUCUUUUUUUAUGCACGAUUUCCUUAUCAUGCGCCGGUUUUGACCAGCUCAUUCACUUUUUCUGCCCCGCUGCAAAACAAAGCCAUCAAAAAACCCCAAAACAGAACAAUAAGCCUUUAAGACCGCUUGGGGUUGGAUCCUUUUCUUGUGCAGGGUAAAUGAACGAUGUUGCACUAUAAAUGGAGAAUGUCAUGGCUAACCCUUGGGAAGAUUGACGUGGCCAAAAGAGAAAAGUCCAGUUACAUGUAUGUUAUGUAUCGGACGUGUUUCUCAUUUAUAUCAAACUUUUUGUUUUUCUUGGAUGGUUAUUGAAUAGAGGGUAUUUUGUUGCAAAUAACUUCUUCCUCACUUUGCAUCGGGCUCUGCUCACCCCCACACGGACACUGUAGUUUUUUGUUCCAGUGACUGGCUCAUCAUGAAAAACAAUACAUUUAUAUGCAAAGAGACACUUGUACCAUAAAAUGCAUGCCAUUCGCACACUCACCGCAACCCAAUGAAACCUCUGAUCUUUAUGCACCAUGUAUUUUAUGCUGAAUAACUCUUGUCACUGUUAGUAAACAAAGAUCGAGGUGUCCUGUGGUGAGCAGGGCUGGAUUUUUUUAUUAUACAACCUGGCCUUUCGCUGAAUGUUUGCAUAAAGCUGAAUUUCUUGUAUUAAUGACAGCAAAGUAGUGACAAAGAGUGGAAUACAGAGACUAAGUACACAGUUCAGUGUGUUCACAGCCCAGCACACUCAGAAGAAAAUGCACUGAAGGUUUGUAUGUGUAUUUACGUGUCCUUGUACAUAACGCCAGCACUUUAGAACUACUUGGAAAGGUGAAAGGAAAAACACUGAGAGCAACCGGGUGUUAGGCAAAUGAGGAGUAAAUGCAACUUUUAAAGCCAUGUGUUCAGAGCGCUGACAAUCAGAAUAGGAACGAGACCCAAAGUGCACUAUGGGACAUAUGGUAUGGUUUGCUAUGUGCUCUUGCUGUUUGCUUUGUCUUUCUUCAGCUUGCUUCGGUCUGUGCUAGCUUCCUUUCCAGAGUAGAGGGACAUGGUGAUGUUAUCUCCAGCCUUCUUGGUUAUAAGUGUGUGUCUUUAAAACCAGGACUGAGUCAAACUUUGGUGCUUUGCAAACAGAGCUGGACAUGGACCAUAUCUGUCAUGCUCUGGUAAGCAUGUUCUGGACGUGGUCCUGAGCCCAGGUUUUGUUGAUAACCCCCUUUGAUGGACAACAACCCUACACCGAUCAUGGUAAUGUUCUUCACUAUCAGCUGGGCUUGGAUCAGGCAAACUGGGAUGGGACAAUUUCAGUGUUGAUGCCGCUUUGUUUCAAAUGAAAAAGAUGUUUAUGCGCCUUCUGACUCAAGCAUCAAUAAUAUAUACAACAGAAAUGCAAGUUGCCACUUUUGAUGUAAUCUACCUUUCAUUCCCAUCAUAUUUGCCAUCACCAGUUUUAAGUUGUAUAGUCCAAGAGUACCCAAUUUCUUUAAAUGCAAUACAGAAAAAUCUGCUUUCUAAUAAAAGUCCUUACUUC